GAUACUGAUUUGACAUUUGACAUUGAGAGGUUAGCUUUGGCAUUUUGCUUUUUGCUGUCUUGUUAAGUUUUGAAUCGUUUCCUAAAGUAUUUAACGUUAAAAACCAAAAGUUUAUAGAGAUAUUCUUUAGUUUUGAAGCGAAUUUUAAAGAUAUAUAACAAUGUCGGAAGCGGGGAAGAGCCGUAAUAAUAUUUACGAAGAUUUAUCGAAUGUUGAAUUCGAAACCAGUGAAGAUGUGGACGUUAUCGAUAAAUUCUCUAAAAUGAACCUUAAAGAAGAACUAACUCGAGGAAUAUACGCAUACGGUUUCGAGAAGCCCUCGGCUAUUCAGCAGCGAGCUAUCAAGCCCAUUAUCAAAGGCAGAGACGUUAUCGCACAGGCCCAGUCCGGUACAGGAAAAACAGCAACAUUUUCCAUUUCAAUCUUGCAAACACUCGACCUGACCGUUCGUGAAACUCAAGUCUUGUGCUUGUCUCCCACCAGAGAGCUGGCAGUACAAAUUCAAAAGGUAAUUCUCGCUCUGGGCGAUUUUAUGAACGUGCAGUGCCAUGCUUGCAUUGGGGGGACUAAUUUAGGGGAGGAUAUUAGAAAGCUUGAUUACGGACAGCAUGUGGUUAGUGGAACGCCAGGGAGAGUUUACGAUAUGAUAAGAAGAAGAGCACUUCGUACUCGGUCAGUUAGGAUGCUUGUCCUUGACGAAGCCGAUGAGAUGUUGAAUAAGGGAUUCAAAGAACAGAUUUACGAUGUAUACAGAUUCCUACCCCCCUCAACUCAAGUGGUCCUAAUUUCGGCAACACUACCCCACGAAAUCCUGGAAAUAACCUCAAAAUUCAUGACGGAUCCUAUCAGGAUCCUGGUCAAACGUGAUGAAUUGACUCUGGAAGGUAUCAAACAGUUCUUUGUGGCCGUGGAAAGAGAAGAAUGGAAGUUUGACACUCUUUGUGAUCUGUACGAUACACUGACAAUAACACAGGCGGUUAUUUUCUGUAAUACAAAGAGGAAGGUGGAUUGGUUGACUGAGAAAAUGCGAGAAAGUAAUUUUACGGUGAGCUGUAUGCAUGGUGACAUGCCCCAGAAGGAGAGAGAUAAUAUUAUGAAGGAGUUUAGGUCGGGACAGAGUCGGGUUUUGAUCACCACAGAUGUAUGGGCCAGAGGCAUUGACGUGCAGCAAGUCAGUUUGGUAAUAAACUACGACUUGCCCAACAAUCGUGAAUUGUACAUCCACAGAAUAGGUAGAUCGGGAAGGUUCGGCAGAAAAGGUGUGGCAAUUAAUUUUGUCAAAUCGGAUGACAUCAGGAUUUUGCGGGAUAUCGAACAAUAUUAUUCGACACAAAUCGACGAAAUGCCUAUGAACGUGGCGGAUCUUAUUUAAGCCUUUUUAUUUAGAUGUAUUAAGUUAUUCACAUCAGUUUGAUUUCCCUUGUACAAACUUAGAGGUAUUUUAAUCAGUUUUCUCAUGGUAUGAUGGAAAAAUUAAUUUUUAAGGAUUUCCUUUAAUCCUUCACUUUGAUUAUUUUUUAUAUUAUAUUUAAUUUGUCAGUUGUAUAAUAACCAACAAAAUAUAACAAAUAAAAAAUUAA